AUGCGCUUCGCUGUUGUAUACCUCCUCGCCGCUGCCUUCCCGGCUCUCCCCGUUCUCGCCCAGAGGGAGCAGCAUGGGGGCGGCGGCAGCGGUUUCUUCAACCAUGGUGGUGGCAAUGCUCCGAGCACCUUCAUCACCAAAGCCUCUGCGGCCCCUGCUGCCGCUAGCACUGCCGCUCCUCCUCCUGCUGCUGCCACCACCGCGGCCAGCACUGGGGGUACUACUAGCUCUGGCUCGGUCGAUACUUCGCUCAUCCCUCCCUUCGGCAUUACUCCGGGGGUCAAGGCGACCGACGGGACUGCCAACUGCGUCGGCGACAACAAUGUAGACAUUCCCUGCAACUGUCCACCAGACUUGGGUACUUUCACUAGUGCCCUCGAAACCUUUGUCGCAAGCGGAAUGUCGUUCCCGUCUGGUACUUCUGCCCAAGACCAGCUCACCCGUCUACAGACGUGUAUCGUCACCCUCCAGAACUUCAGGGGAGGCGCAGGAAGUGGCGUUGGAUGUCCCAUCGUCGCCACAACAUGGAAGGAGUUGCAAGCUCAACUGCAGUCCGAAGUCUAG